AUGAAUGCAUCUACAACCUCAUCUGCGAGCAGCGCAGCGACAACUACGGGAAGUAGCUCAAAUAACAAUGGUUCAGCGACAAGCUCGCCUCUUCUGUUCUUUGUCGCUCUUGGAUUUGGUGUAGUGUUCACCAACCUAUGGAUCAUUGUUGGAGUGAAAUACUGCUUUCGAUACAACCAACGUAAUCGACAGUUACGCAACGAGGAAACUGGAGAACGCAUCGAUCUAGUAACCAUGCCCCGAGCCCAUCGAAGACGACGUGAGAAAAAGCUCAUGACUAUGGACGAAGUCAACGCGCGAUUCCCCUUAAUGAAGUAUAAGGUCUGGAGAUCGUCGCGUGCCAAUCAAGGUCUUUCGACAGAGGGAGGAAUCACUGCGCCCAAUAGUCGACCACAAAGUUUGAAGGAUACGGAUGGCGUGGUUUUGACAUCAGAUGAUGCUCCCGUAACUACAAUCAAUCCGAUUGAGAUGGAGCAUGAGGCAGGAACCCUCGAUACCCUCCAUAGUACAUCUCAUAAUACACAACCUAUAACAACUACACAUCCAGAAGAAGAGAAGGCAAGCCAAUCUGCGGUUAUCUCUCAUGGAGAGGUAGAUGCAUCUGCGACGGAAGAGAAGUGGGAGCAUGCCUUAGUCGGUGAAAACAUUGACCUUGAAGAUGAUGAUGAGGAAGGCGAUCACAUUCGCAAAGCCGUACCCCCUGAAAUGCUCCCCAACCCCGGAGAUUCUUGUGCGAUCUGUCUGGACACCAUUGAAGAUGAUGAUGAUAUUCGUGGCCUCACCUGCGGGCAUGCUUUCCAUGCAUCCUGCGUCGAUCCCUGGUUGACUAGCCGACGAGCGUGCUGUCCUCUAUGCAAGGCAGACUAUUACGUCCCCAAACCUCGACCGAACGCAACAGAUACUACAUCGUCAGAUCGGCAGGGCCGUCGUGGCGGAACGUCAACUCGCUCCGACGGUUUACCGAGACUGCCACGUCCGACUCAUUCCAGGAAUAAUCCAAAUUCCAUAUUCCGAGUGCCGAUGGCCUUUCCAGGAAGAGUUUUUCAUUCGACAUCUCCGAGUGACCAUCCCGUGGAUUCCCUGGGAUCAGAUGGCCAUUUAGACCAUGCGAAUGAUCAACCUGUACCUCUGGAAGAUCCACCACCACGUCGUCGACCACAUUGGCCACGACUUCUCCCAACUCGUCUACCCGGCUCCUCCCGUAACACCACAUCAAACUCCUCAGACUUGACUAGCCAGCCGGUGACUGAACAGUCUCAAUCUCAGCCACGCACACCUGGUCAACUGGAAGCUGGUCUUUGA